AUGUCAUUGAACGUUACCACCAAAUUGCCUGCGCUCAGGUCCGCACGGCAAAUCGCGCCGAGAUAUCAAUCAGCAACUUCCGUUCAGAGAAGACACUUUUCCUUUCGAUCUUUCUGGAGCAAGUCCUCAAGCUCUGCACAGCAAGCGGAAUGGUCGCCCGCCAUUGACGGCCCUUAUCGGCAGAGCAAGCUACAGAUCAGAGCGCAGAAAGAGAAGGAACUCGCAGAGAAGGCUGCACAAGAACAUCCCGUCCCCGAAGAACCGCAAAUUGGGCAAGCAGACGGUGCACCUGCCAAGCAUGUCGCUGUGGAAAUUGACGGAAAUGCUCGAGUGUUCGACACAGCGUUCCUGCGGGACAGUUGCUCAUGUCUGCAAUGCAAAGACCCGCACAGCAAGCAGAAACUUUUCCAGACUUCAGACAUCCCGGAAGAUUUAGAAGGAAGUUAUAAGCUUGUUGAAGACGAAGAGAAGGGUCCUUUGAUUGAGCUCCAGUGGAGCAAUGACGUAAAGGGAUAUGGACCAGACCACCGCACACGACACUCAGUUGACUGGCUGCGAAGAGCAAUCCACCAGGAGGUCGAGUUAAGAGGUGGUGUACGGCACGACGAACGUGUGCUCUGGGACAAACAGAAGAUCACAAAAGAUAACAAGUGGCUCGACUACAACGACUACAUGGCUCAGGAUGAGGUUCUCUACGACGCUCUUACCCACCUGCAUAGAUACGGUCUGCUUUUUAUCAAGAACGUCCCCGAGUCAGAGGAGUCAGUAGUCAAGCUCUCAGAGCGCAUCGGCAACCUCAAGGAUACGUUUUACGGCCGCACCUGGGACGUCCGCUCCAAAGCCAAAGCAGAGAACAUCGCCUAUACCCCCCAAUUCCUCGGACUGCACAUGGACCUCCUCUACACCUCAAACCCACCACAUCUCCAGCUCCUCCACUCCUUGCGCGCUCGCACGCCCGGUGGCGAAUCUUUCUUCAGCGACGCCUUCAACGCCGUGCACCAGCUCCAACGCUAUUCAGCCCUCUACUUCCGCACUCUCUGCACCUUCCCCGUGACCUACCACUACCACCACCCAACACACCACUACCACUUCACCCGCCCGGUCAUCGAACUCUUCCCCUAUCCCAAAUACAACGAGCCCACGAACCUCGCCAUCCGCCGCGUAAAUUGGAGCCCGCCGUUUCAGGCCCCCUUCGAAGCCCGCAUCGGCAGCAACAACCAGACGUCUUUCCGCUCCUUCAUUGCCGCGUCGAACGCAUACGAGAAGCUGCUCAGCGCCGAGGAGAACCUGUACGAGUACAGACUGAACGAGGGCGAGUGCGUCAUCUUCGACAACAGGAGAGUGCUGCAUGCAAGAAGAGCGUUUGAUGCGACAAAGGGGGAGAGGUGGCUCAAAGGCGCGUACGUGGACGAUGAUGUUUUCUUCAGCAAGUUGAGGGUGCUGCAGGAGAGGUAUGAAGGCAAUUGGAAUGCGGAGGGUACGGUGAGGUAUCCUGUCAACGGAGAGUGA